UUUCCCUCGCACCCGCAACUCAGCGGACCGAUCAACAUCCAGUCUGUCGAGGGUCUGCAGCCGGUCAAGACCACGCUUGCCAGCCCUGCGGUGAUCGCGACAGCGGCGGCGGCUACAACGACCACAACGGUCGCCACUACGGAGACAAGGACAGUGGUGGACGCGACAGCCGUCAGGUCGACGACUCCUCACGAAGGCGUUGUCAGCACUGUCCAGGGAGCGGACCUGACAGUCAAGAAGUUGGCUAUUCAGGCUCCUACCACGACUUUGGCUGUCAGCAAAACAAAAGGAAAAGAAGAUGGUCCGUUUGCGAAAGAACUCGCGGCGAUGGAGAAGAAAUUCAUGGAUUACAUCGAUCACACCGAGAUCUGGGAAAAGGUCUACGAGGACAACUCCGUCAAGGCCUCAAACAACACGAACGACUCGACAGGAUGGAUCCAAGUCUUUCAGUAUAAGAGCCGACCGAUGUGUUACAAGAUCAUCGCCUACAUGAAUAACACCCCCGCCGUCACCUUUGACACACUCUGUGAUUUGAGCCGGCGAUCAGAGUGGGACCCCAUGUGCGUCGAGGCACGGGUUCUGGAGGAAGUCGCACCGGGGACGACCGUGCAGUAUGUCCGGACAAAGGCUGUUUGGCCGACAGCAUCGAGAGAUACAGUUGUAUUGGGGACUAUCAAGGAUCUGGGCACCAAAGGGUUGUUCAUGGUGAACGCCAGUAUUGAGCACCCGAGCAUGCCAGAGCGAGUGAAGGAGAAGAUCGUGAGGAUGGAGACGGCUGUGGCGGGACAUAUUAUCACACCAGAGGAGGGUAAUCGGUGCAAGCUGAUCCAGAUCUUGGACGCAGAUCUAAAAGGCUGGAUCCCGGAUAAGGUCAUUCAGAUGGUUUCAACAAAAGCGGUACCGGAUGGACUUCGGGCUGUCAAUGGACUGAUUCCCAAGACCCAGCUGUACUUCCAGUCGGAGGUGCUUGUUAAGGCUGCCAAGGCGCAGAUGGAGCUCGAUUCAACCUUGGUAGAAUCACGAUCUGGAUAUAAUUCUGGAGAGUCCAUGCUACUCGAAGGCCGUGCACAGCAACAGCAACGACAGCAGCAACAACAACAACAACAACAACAACAACAACAACAACAACAACAACAACAACAACAACAACAACAACAGCAACACAACAGCAGCAACAGCAGCAACAGCAACAGCAACAGGAACAGCAACAACAACAGUGGCAGCUGACGAUUGAGGAUAUGGAUCCAGAGGACGAACCCUUGGCAGAAGAGGAAGUUCAGAACCAGGAGGACACAGAUCUUGAGGCUGUUACUGAAACAGAAGCAGAGCGCAUACAUUCUCU